AUGAAGUCUUCUACUGCUUUCUUGGCCCUUGCGGCAACUGCCAACGCCGCGCGCAUCGCCAAGCGCGAAUACCCAUGGGAUACUAAAGAGAGUCUCUGCAAAGACAAAGCAUGGCUUCUUGACACUGCCGAGGGUGCUUCUCAGGUCUGGGAAGAGACUGGUGCCGGUGACGAGCUCGACAUCCAAAUCAUGGGGCAAUGGGAACAUGAGGUCAACUGGCUCUUCAAUCUGGAGCACGCGAUUAACAAUGGCAGCGGAAACCUCGGCAUGUCUGGCUGUGGUCUUAUCGACAGCACCGAUUGCUUACCCCAGGGCGCCCCAAGCUGCGAGGAGCACUUUGACAAAUUCGGCACGAGUGGAGAUCCCUUGAAGGAUCCCAUCGGUAGAACCUCCUACUGGAUCCUCCAGGCUAUCAAGGGCAUGCACAGCAAAUUCCAGAUGCUUCACGGUAAACUGCUUGAGGAGACUCUUGUCACCAACCUCGAGAUCGGCCAGAUGGUUGCAGACUUUCAAGGCAACGAGGAUAAGACCGAGGAUGUUUUGAAGUGGCUCUCUGCUGCCGUUGGCUUGGGAAGCACCAUUGGUGGUCUGGUUCCCGGCGCUGGAGAGGGCAUCGCUACUGGUUUCGACAUCAUGGGCGGCGUAUUCGAUAUCAUUGCCGAAGAGACAAAGCCGGAGGAGAUCGAUCAGGCUACUAUCUCGUCUGCCCUAGGCGCCAUCUUUAAAGCCACGUCCGAAAAGCUGAAGAAGACCAUGAGGCUGGCUACCGGUACACUUCUGAAAGAUGAGUCCCCAGACGUCUUCAACACCCUUCCUGCCUCCAGCAAGUACGGUCCCUGGAUCCACUCUCCAAUUACCAAGUUCUUCAACGGUGGCUGGUUCCUUCUCAGUGAUAGAAGCGAGCCCGUCCAGAGUCUCAUCAACGCCAUCUCUGGAAACAUCAAGCCCAAGAUCGCCAACAACGUCAUGAAGGCUGCUAACCUCCGCCUCGUUGCCGACAAGCGUAUCGGAAGUCAGGAAGACUGCGGUUAUGCUACCGGCCGUCAAUGGAUGAACUUGAGGGAUAGCGAGAGCUACUGCUUCUACAUCGCCCGACUUGACGAGCACGGUGUCUAUGGCGAAAAGUACGAUGAGGCUGCUGAGGAUAUCUACGCCAACAUGGCCAAGUACGGCCUUGGUAACAGAGAUCCUUACUACCGUGCCAUUCUCGACUGUGCUACCAGUGGAGCGGAGGGUCUUAACUUGGACAACUUGGGAUUCAACAACAUCCCUAUUUGUUUCUUUGACCUGCCCGCUUACUGGCUUGAGCGUAAUGAUGGUCCUGAGUGCACAUCCAACUUUGUCAACAAGGCCUGCAACCCCACCAAGUCCAGCCCUAUUUCUUAA